GGGAGGGAGGGAGAAGGCGGGGAAGACACGUUGCGCCAAGUGGGGUCUGGUCUGUGAGUGGCUGCCGCCGAGAGGCUCGGCUUUUGGACCGAGUGGCUUUAAAUUAACUCACUGUGGGCUUGAAAACCCCACCGUUAGAGUGAGAGAGAGAGAGAGAGGAGAGGAGGUGACACCUUUAUGAAGCCAAGUGACAGUGACACUGCUGCUGUACUCACUCACUCACCGCGGAUCCGGGGCCUAAGGAACGGGCUGUUGCGGGUGGGUUUACACACAGACGGAGAGAGAGAGAAAAAAAGAAAGAGCGAAGAUUAUCUGACAUUAUAUAUAUAUAUUUUUUUUUAAAAAGUGAGAAUAACGCGUCUCGACGUUCGCUGACCCCCCCAAUUAAAAGUCUUCGGGAGAGGAAAUCCAUCCAAACCGUAUUAUUAGAGAGGGAACAGUGAGCUGACGCUCGGUGUUGGCCGCCGCGGGUUGAGGUUUGGUCUCGAGGAGCGAAGGUUCUGGAAGCGGCGGUUUAACGGCUCUCCCCCCCCGGGCGGCGGUUGGGAGGAUGGAGGCGCGCGCGCUGCACGAGCGGCUGGCGCCGGACGGUCAGGAUCACCUGCUGCGCUUCUGGGGCGAGCUGAGCCGGGCCGAGCGGGCCGAGCUGCAGACGGACCUCGGCGGCUGCCACUUCCCCGACAUCCUGCGCUUCUUCACCGAGGCCGUCAAGCUGUCCGGGCGCCAGCGGCAGAGGCUGGACGACUGCAUGGCAGCCGUGCCCAAGGAGGCGCUGGGCAGCGUGACCAGAGACCGCGAGCGGCUUCGCGACUGGGACAAGGAGGGCCUCUAUCAAAUUUCUGAAGGGAAAGUAGCUGUCCUGCUUCUAGCGGGUGGGCAGGGAACACGUCUUGGAGUUACCUACCCUAAAGGAAUGUAUGAUGUUGGUUUGCUGACACACAAAACUCUAUUCCAAAUUCAAGCUGAACGUAUUCUGAAACUACAACAGAUGGCUUCAGACCAGUUUGGAAGGAAAUGCACUAUUCCAUGGUAUAUCAUGACCAGUGGUAGGACCAUGGAAUUUACAGAAGAGUUUUUCAUUAAGAAUCACUACUUUGGUUUGCAGAAGGAAAAUGUUAUCCUUUUCCAACAGGGAAUGUUGCCAGCUAUGACUUUUGAUGGGAAAGCCAUUCUUGAAGGAAAAGGCAAAAUUGCAAUGGCACCAGACGGAAAUGGGGGGCUUUACCGAGCACUUGGAAACCAACAGAUUUUGGAGGAUAUGGAAAGCAGAGGAAUUGGUUAUAUUCACGUAUACUGUGUUGAUAACAUCCUUGUUAAGGUGGCAGAUCCAACCUUCAUUGGCUUCUGUGUGAAGCAAGGAGCUGACUGCGGAGCAAAGGUGGUAGAAAAGACAAAUCCAACUGAACCUGUUGGUGUCGUAUGUAAAGUAAAUGGCCUGUAUCAGGUUGUAGAAUACAGUGAAAUCACCCUGGCUACUGCAGAGAAGAGGAAUGCUGAUGGACGUCUAACAUUUAGUGCAGGAAAUGUGUGCAACCACUUCUUUACACUGCAGUUCCUAAAAGAUACUGUUAAUAUUUACGAGCCUCGGUUGCAGCACCAUGUUGCUCAGAAAAAGAUUCCUUAUGUGGAUGACCGGGGGCAGAUAAUUAAACCAGACAAACCUAACGGUAUCAAGAUGGAAAAAUUUGUAUUUGACAUCUUUCAGUUUGCAAAGAAAUUUGUAGUGUUUGAAGCUUUGCGAGAAGAUGAGUUUUCACCACUGAAAACUGCAGAUAGUCAGGAUGGAAAAGACACUCCCACCACAGCACGUCAAGCCCUGAUGUCUCUGCAUCAUCGCUGGAUUCUUAAUGCAGGAGGCCACUUUGUGGAUGAAAAUGGAACCAGGAUUCCUGCAAUUCCCAGUUCUACAACUGGAAUGUCAGAAGCAGUCACUACUGAUGUCAAUGACAACCUAAAGGAGCUGACUGAUAUUCCAAUUAAAUGUGAAAUUUCUCCACUGGUAUCGUAUGCUGGGGAGGGCCUGGAAAAACGUGUUGCAGGACGAGAAUUCCGGCCUCCGCUGAUUAUAGAUGAGAAAGGGGUCCAUGAGUUGACAAAGAAUGGGAUAUAAAAAUGGAGAGAUGUGAUUGAUGCAGCAGACACUGCAGUUAUAUGAAAUUAUUAUAUUUUUAAGUCAAAUUUGUGCAGCAUGAUUUAACUGGGACCAUGUAUACACAAUUCCAAGAUUGUAGAUGGCAGUUAAUGUAUAUUUCUCGAACCAUGAUUUAAAGAUUUGUUUUAUUUUCUUCAAAAGAAAAAAUAGUAAACUAUUUUAUAGUUUUAGUAUUUAAAUAAUUUGCAUAGCUUUAGAAACUUAUUUUUUCAGUAGAACCUAUUCCGUGGGUGUUGCAUUUUUGUAGUUUUCACUUUUGGCAUUUAGCACCUGAAUAUUGCACAUUAGGCUGUAUGUCAAGCAAUGUACUGGAUUGCUUUUUAAAAAAAACUUUUUUUUUUCAAAAAUAUUCUGUUUGGUGGCAGUAUAAGCUGAUCAUCAAUUAUAAAGACUGUCAUAACAAAUUGCCUUAAUGGCACUUGUAGUUGAACAAUAUAUUGUCACACAGAUUCUAUGUCCUAUAUUUACUGGUCUCGUGAAGGAAGAAAAGCUGAGGGCAGUUCCUCUGUGUGAAGUAUAUCCCUCAGAGAGUUCUCAAAUAUUUAUCACCAUAGAACUUGGGUAAACAAAUCAAUAAUAUAUUUAAUACCAUUAUCUUUAUCAUAAUGAUGCUAGCCUUUUGAAUUUCUGCUUCUUUAGUCUGUGAUGUGGUGGAUGUUACUCUGCAAUAACAUCUCAAGAGAAGCUUCACUGGUAAUGUUUGGCCCAAACUAGGAUUGAUCAAAAGUCACCGGCUGCUUAUUCUGCUGAUGGAAGGCCCUCUACGGUUAUAUGAGACCAGAGUCAGUUGUAGCCAAUUUGGCUUUAAUUAAAAUCAGCAGAAAUACUGUCAGAUGUUUUAACUUAUGUGAUUAGUUUCUUGAGGAAGCGGAGGUGAAAACUGAUAGUCUCUGAGAGGGUUAAAAUGAGGAUAUUUUAUACCAGGAUAAUUAAGUACUUCACACAAAAGGAUCUCCCUCAUCCCAAAGAGCUUCUUCUCUAAUAUUGUACACAUGAUGGUUUUCAAUUGGUACUUAGUAAGCAUAUUUUGUAUUUUAAACUGAAUGUUUAUUAUCUAGUUCCCUAAACUGAUAGUACUGUUAAAAGAUUUUUAGUAUAACUUUUUUCUAUUUUCUAUGACUUGUCCUGCCUGACCCAUUCUCAACUUUAAACGAUAAUUUGGUCGAUGAGGUAAGCGCAGUAGCAUAAGUUAAUUUUUUCUAUUGUAAAGAGCUUUCACUGUAAAGAAAAAUAGAUCAGAACCAUCACCAUUAGAAAAAUGAGGACCCUUAGGAGGCUGGCUCAGCAAUAUUGUUGAACCAGACCUUCCAUGGGCUGUCUUGUCUGAUGUAAAGUCUAAAUAUCACUAAGGUAACUCUGACCAUCUUUCAUCAUUGUAUUGGUCACCUUAUAAAACUGAAGGGGUGCUUUUGUACUUUUAUCAAUUUAUGGUACGUUUCUUUAACUAUGAAUGUAAAUCUUCAAUCGUGCCGAGAUGCAUUCUAUACUUUGAUACAUGGCUUUUGCAGCAGUAUCAAGUUUAAGCAGAUAUUUGUCCAUUUUUGGUCAUCUUUUAGUGAAAUUGUCAAAUAAAACCAAUUGUAAUUUU